AUGUGGACUGGAGCCCUGUGCCCACCGGCCCCGGGGGAUGCUGGGAGGGCAAGUGGGGCGUCCACUCUUCCUGUGCCUCCCCUCACCCUGCCUCUGGCACAUUCCACAGGAGGCAGCUCCAAAGGAGAAGUGGACCCAUUCCACUAUGACUAUGACACUGUGCGGAAAGGGGGCCUCAUCUUCGCGGGCAUCGCGUUUGUGCUGGGCCUCCUCAUCAUCCUCAGCAAGACGCUGCGAUGUGGAGGCAAGAAGCAUCGGCAAGUAGACGAAGAUGACCUGUAAUAACAGAGCCGGCUGAGCCCUCCACCGCCCCGGGCCCCUUGGGACACCUUCCCCUGGCCAUCAUCCUCUGUCCCCAGCUCUG